GCUGACGCCCUCGCUCGGUACCUGCUUCGAGCACAUCUCACAACGCUGUCAUAUUCCCUGCUGCUGCUGCUGCUGCUCAAGUGUACUACCCAACAGGUCUCACAACUUCCCGUCUAGCUGCCUGCGUUUGCGAAAAUCUCCCGCCGUCAACAAAGAAGUCCACCCAGGGCGCCUUUGUCUUCACCACCCGCCGUCGACCCAACCCCGCUGAACGCCCCCCGACCCGACGACGUCUUAUAUUGCUCGCUACAUGGUUGGAAAGGAAGGACAUUGUGUCAGGGCUUUGUGUCAUUGGGCUUGCUAUGAGUUUGGAUCAGCACAUAUAUGGAUCGACGGACUGGCAUCUCCCAAGUCCAUCCUCCACGCCCAAGUCGCUGACGUUCCCUGACGGAACUCUCAAAACACCAAAGACCGAGUCGUUUCCCCACUCGCACUUCCUCGACGCCUGGGCAACCCCACGACCUAAUGGGCAGCACACCCCGGUGCAGACUCCUUCCUUCACACUCUCGACACCUAUAGGCCGGCCGUCGAGCUCGUACAGCCAACCCGCCCGCACCCCAGAAGACCCCGAGUUCCAUGUCAACCACUUCGCACCGCAGAACCUACCUCUUCCGCCGGUCGACGUGUCCCGAAGGCUGUCGUCCUCACCGGGCCCUAAUCAGCUGAGGAAGGUUGGAUCACAGGGACAGUUCGGGUCUCGUCCCGUCAGCAUGGACUUUUCACAGAUGCAAACGCCACCUCCGACGAGGGACGCUUCGUCUAGGAGGAGUGUGCAACAAAGUGGUGGACAUGGGGUGGCAACACCAGCUACAGUGGUGCAUAGGACGCCCAGCCAGCUGCCGGAAUCCUCAGGAGCUCUCUUUGACCAGACACCGUUUGGCUUCGCUGAUCUGCAGUACACUCCACAUAUGAUGCAGUUCCCCAGCGGGGGUCCAAUGUCUGCGCCACCCAUGCCUCAAUCGAAGCUGUUCUGGGACCCAGCAAACGAUGGCAUGCAGAUGGACCUAGAUGUGCCUCUGGGAGUAGACCCCUUCGGUCCUACCCCGCAUAGACCGCAGCACGACAUGAACUGGCAAGCGAUGAACCACCCUUCGGCUAACAUGAUGCAAACUCCAGCGUUUCAGAGCUUCCAAGCAUCUCCCAUGCCAGCGUCAUUUGCGAAUACACCCUCACAGCAGAGACACGGCUCAAGAAAUGGCUCUUUUGUAUAUACAGCUGCGGGUGUUGAUCCCAACAUGCUGCUCAGCUUCUCCAAUCCCGAUAUGACUGGUUCUUUUGGAAGCAUGCCGCAGCAGCCAAUGCUCGACAUGUCCAGACAACCCUAUGAGACACAACUGCGGGAUGCAGAGAAUGAGAGGGCCAUGGCGAAGAAGGCCAAGAGUCAACAUUCACGCAGCAAUACAGCCUCGUCGUCGGGUUCAGCGGAAAACGCGAGACCUGUGCUGCAACGAAGCAAUACAGAUAGCGGGACGAGGACAGCCAGAACACUUGCAAUGGAUCCUCGGGUAGCAAUUCCGGCUAAUGCUUCAACGAUUCCCCGUCGCUCGUCGCCAUUGAAGCGUCAAAGUGGCGGAUCACUGAAAUCGAUACCUGAGAUUAGAAGACCCCGGACACGGCUCAUCAUCGACGAAAGUGGGACGGCUCGCACAGAGACCAUAUCUACUCGAGAGGAUGAGACUCCCAGGAAAAGCCGGCAGACUUCGCAGCAAGAUCUCCGACGCCAAUAUCCUGGCUUGUACGAGGAAAUCGACAGCGAGUCGGAAGACGAUGAGCCAGCUCCGAUCGUCAGCCGCAACCCAUCCUUCGUCAUACCACAACCCGAACGUCGAGCGAUGAAACACGCGCGAGCCGACAGUGGCGGACUGGAGCGAGCGAAUUCUUUCAAAAUGGCGCGCUCCGUCUCCGCAUCAAGGCUCGCACCCGACGCCCUCUCCAAGACCUCUUUCGAAACGCUACGAUCAACGAGACGCUCCGCCGCUGCCGCCGAAAACACCAUCCGUCGCUCCAGCGCCAUGGAGCGCCCCACGCUCCGCGAACGAGAGCCCGAAGACACACACAUGCCCGACUCCCCCGGCGACGCACUCGGCGCCUUGAAGAAAGUCGUCGGCGCCCGCCAACAACGCAUCGAACGCGCAUCCCAAAACACACUCCUCGCGCAUAAUCAACGGUGGGCGCAGGCCUCAGCCGAUAUGUCCACGUCCCACCCUUCUCCAUCACACAACCAACUUCACCAAUUGCAAUCGCACGGCGCUUACGAUCCCUACUCUAAUUCUUUUAACGGCUCGCCAACGACUACCACAACGCCCUCGACAGAGUGUAGUAGCAAGAGUAAUGAUAGCACGAGGUGUGUUUGUGAUGGGUUGGUCGAUGAUGCGGAUACGCUCAUGGUGCAGUGUGAGGCUUGCUUCAAGUGGUUGCAUAUGGGUUGUGUGGGGUUGAAGGAGGAGUGGCUGCCUAGGGUGUUUGUUUGUGUGUUUUGUACGGUGGGGAACAGUAGGGUGGGGGAGAGUCCGUUGAAGGGGAAGAGGGGGGGUCGGCGGUGAGGGAAUGUGGUGAAAGUCUGUGUAAUGUACAGCCUGUUGCUGGAUUGGACGGGAGGGUGAUGGCAGAAGCUUGCUGUGCGAGCUUUUUGGAAGCAUGGUGCAUGAGUAAUGGAAUCUAUGAGACGAUGUUUGAAUGAUGUACAAUUUCGGUGUUUGGUAUCUAUGGCAUGAAUAGAGUUUCUGGGAGAAGAAGCUGCGGAUUGGAAUGGUGCAAGAAUAAUAUCACGCGCAAUUACAUGGGCCAUGGCUGAUACACCACGUCUAUACCACGACCU